AAUCUGGCCACUCGAAGAGCUGAAUCAUGGUGGCAUACCCUCAGCAACCAGUUGCUCCUUUCCGUCUGGGACAGCAGCUGCUGGCCAGCGCAAGGCUGGUACGGCGCAGUGAUUUGGCGCUGGCGGAUUCCUGGGGAGAUGAGGAUUGAGUACCUAAAGGACCCGCGCUCGACGUCGCCAUCCUUUCUCGACAAAUCCACUCUGCUCAUUCAACAUUUCCCCACCAUCAUGGACCCUAAUACCAUGAAGGAGGAGCUGCGUCUUUUUCAGAGCACUCUGCUCCAGGAUGGUUUGAAGGAGCUGCUGAACGAGAACAAGUUUGUCGAUUGCACCUUGAAGGUUGGCGACCGCAGCCUCCCCUGCCAUCGACUGAUCAUGGCCGCCUGUAGCCCUUACUUCAGGGAGAUCUUCUUUACAGAAGAUGGGAAGGAGGUGGAGAACACCAAAGAAGUGGUCCUGGAGGAUGUCAAUGCCUCAGUCCUGCACAUGAUCAUUCAGUACCUUUACUCUGCAGAGAUUGACCUCACAGACGACAAUGUUCAGGAUAUCAUCGCUGUUGCAAACAAAUUCCAGAUCCCUUCAGUUUUCACCGUUUGUGUCAACUACCUGCAGAAGAAGAUCUCUGUGGGCAACUGCAUGGCAAUCUUCAGGAUGGGCCUCGUGCUCAGCUGUCCCCGGCUUGCCAUCGCCGCUCGCAACUUUAUCGCUGACCACUUUGAGCUGCUGCAUAAAGACGAGGACUUCCUCCGACUCGCAGCCCACGAGCUGUUCGCCAUCAUUGGUGGAGAUUCGCUGAAUGUGGAGAAGGAGGAGGUGGUGUUUGAAUCAGUGAUGGCCUGGGUUCGUCAUGACAAGGAUAAGCGUGCCAAGGUCCUGAAAGAUGCUUUCAACUGCAUCCGCUUCCGCCUGCUGCCCGAGAAGUACUUCAAAGAGAAAGUGGAGACUGAUGAGAUAAUCAAGGCGGACCCAGAACUCCAGAAGACAAUUCAGGUUAUCAGAGAAGCCUUUAAGGGGAAACUUCCCGAGAAGCCCAAGAAAAAGGAAGGGGCGACGAAAGAAGGAAGCGAGGAGGAGGACAGCCCUUUCCCUGGCUUUUUGAACGACGAUCGUAGACACGGUAUGUACACACGGGACUUCAUCCUGAUGGUGAACGACUCUGCGGCGGUGGCCUACGACGUGAACGAGAACGAGUGCUUUCUGGCGGCCAUGUCGGAGCAGGUGCCACACAACCAUGUCAGCCUGACGUCACAGAAGAACCAGCUCUACAUCAUCGGGGGGCUGUUUGUGGAUGAGGAAAACAAGGAUGUUCCUUUGCAAUGUUAUUUCUACAUGUUGGAUCCUCUUGCCUCGGACUGGGUCGCCCUGCCACCCAUGCCCUCUCCGAGAUGCCUUUUCAGCAUCGGCGAGAGUGACAACUUGCUGUUUGCUGUGGCUGGAAAAGACCUGCAGACUAAUGAGUCACUGGACACUGUCAUGUGCUAUGACAUCGAGAAGAUGAGGUGGAGUGAGAGUAAGAAGCUUCCUCUCAAGAUCCAUGGACAUGCUGUGGUGUCCCACAAGGGGCUGGUCUACUGCAUUGGUGGCAAGACAGAUGACAACAAAGCUCUCGGCAAGAUGUUUGUGUACAACCACAAGCAGUCGGAGUGGAGGGAGUUGGCAGCCAUGAAGACACCCAGAGCAAUGUUUGGGACCGUCAUCUAUGAUGGCAAGAUCAUAGUGGCUGGUGGAGUGAAUGAGGGAGGCCUCACUGCCUCCUGUGAAACCUACAACUUUGCGACAAACAAGUGGGAGCCUUUUGCAGAAUUCCCCCAAGAGAGGAGCUCUGUCAACUUAGUGAGCACCGGUGGCUCCCUGUACGCUGUGGGUGGCUUCGCCAUGAUUGAAGUGGAGAACAAGGAGGUGGCUCCCACAGAGGUCACCGACGUCUGGCAGUAUGAGAAUGACAAGAAGCAGUGGAGCGGCAUGCUGAGGGAGAUGCGUUACGCGGCCGGUGCUUCCUGCGUGUCCAUGCGCCUGAAUGCAGCCAGGAUGCCCAAACUGUAAACAGAGGCGCCUCCCGUUGACAGCAUCCUUCCCAUAUCCACUUGCCUUCUCAACCCGGCCGGCUUUCUCUGAGCUGUCUCAUUCUCUUCACAUUCUGAAAGGCAAGCUGGCCUCAGACACCAAAUUUACUCUACUCUGAUGAUUUGAAUCUGCAUCAUCAAGGCACAGCCCCCUCUUCAAAGACUCAUCAUCAACCCCUCAGUUCCAAGGAAAUGACUCUAUCUCGAGCUCUGUUUGCAGCAUUUUGUAAAAUAAACAUUUUUACACUGUUUGGGAUUGUGUGAACUCCCAGACAACAUACUGACAAUUUAGACUUAAAAGAGAGAAGGAGCCUACUGCAGUUGAAGCUAUUGGUAAGCCUCGCCUGAUAGGAGUUAAAUUUCGUUGCCAUGCACGCAUGAAAUGAUAUUUACAGAAUAAUGGCACAGUUGCCGGCACCAUACAAAUUUAAAUCGUUAAACAGGUGGGUUCUCCACAGCAACUCAGGCUGGGGCAAUCAAAUCCGAACCAAGCCUUGUUGCAUGAACUGUUGAAGCCUUCUCGGAUGAAAGGCCAAACUCAGACAACCCGAACCGUCCAGUUGCGAUUGAUUUCAUGAGCUGAGAACGAAAUGACCUGGAUGAUUGAGAACAUUCACAAGCAUGGACCAGUGAAGCAGUAAAUGGAAGGGCGUGCGACGUACCUCCGUUGAUAUGUUAUUAAUGGGAAGACAUCCCACCAGUCUCAUUACCGAUAUAUAGAUGCAUUCUCAGAGCAUUUGCAAUUUAACCAAUGUGUUUUCAAAUGCUUCAUUUUACGUAUAAAAAGUACAGCCUUCCACAGAAAAAUAAAAAAGCAGCGUUGUGACA